UUCUAAUAGGAGUUAACAGGCCCUGGUUGGCAUUAAUAAAUAUGGCAAGCAAAAGGGUUAUUGCAUUUUUGGGUACUUCCAAUAAGGCAUCUAAUUUUGCAGGUAUAAUAACACGAAAUAUACACGAUGUAACUUCUGAUUCUGCUAAAAAAGUGACUCAUACCGAUCAGCUGUAUGAUGAAGAUGAUUACCGUAAUGUUAGAUUUGUAGACAGACCAAAAGAAGUUAAUGACAACUGGGCUAUUAAACUGAUAGCUGAAGUCCCACCAAAACCUACAAAAGAAAGAAUUGUGGCUUGUAAUGGUGGUGGUGGACCCUUGGGACAUCCGAAAAUUUAUAUUAAUUUGGAUAAACCUGGAGACCAUUCUUGUGGAUAUUGUGGACUACGCUUUUACAAUGAUCAUCACUAAGCAAGAAGUCACACAUGGUUCAAGUAGUUACAUUCAUAUGAAAUUCUUGUAAAUAUAUUAAAAAAUAUUUAUUGUGAUCCAUGGUAGAA